AUGUAUUACACCCUUCGCAGGGAGUACUACUGGCCACACAUGGCCAGCGACGCGUUUUCGACCCUACGGAAUUGCACCUCGUGCGCUGCGACCCGCGGGACGCUUGUCAAGAACCAAAAGGAUCUCAAGCUGUUCCCCGCGGCGGGCCCCUUGGAGUUUGUCGCGAUGGACCUCCUGGGGCCCCUGCCCAGGACCGCGAACGGAAACCAACACGUGUUGGUAAUUACCGACCGGUUCUCCAAGCUAACGCGCAGUAUCCCGCUCCGGACCACAACCGCUUCGGUCGUUGCGAACGCGUUUCUAGACAACUGGGUCUACGUCUACGGAGAGCCGCGCUACGUACUAACCGACAACGGCUCUCAGUUCGCUGCGAAAUUCUUCGACGCCGUAUGCGCCCUCCUGGGGGGUGCGGCAUUAUCUCACGACGGCCUACCACCCCCAGUCGAAUGGGCAGACCGAACGGUUCAAUCGCACGCUGGUGCAAUGCCUCCGGCACUACGUGGAGGAGCACCAGCGCGAUUGGGACGACUACGCGCAGCCGCUGACCUUCGCGUACAAUACGCAGGUCCACCGGUCGACGGAGACGACUCCGUUUGA